GUGGACACACACUCGAAAGAGAAGAGAUUAGCUCAAAGUUGAAUGAAAUUGCUAAAAUUAUCUUUUCUUCUCCUGGUUUCAUCAAAAAACAUUUCCUGCAUAAAAUUUUCAAGAGCACGAUAAAUUUAGACGAUUUGCAAAUAGAACGUAUACGGAGAGACACAAACAAAAACGCUGAGUAAAUAGUGUGCCAGGCAAAAAAGUGUCAGUAGAGCACAAAAGGCAGAUCAAAUUGGAAGUGUAAAUAUUUUAGUUUAAAAUUCCCAGAGACGCAAAAGAAAAGGCGAAAGCAACACAAUGGCCAGCAAAGUGUACACAGCGAUGAUUGCCUCGGCAGACAAAGUUGUCCCGAAGUCGUGGCACGCUCCAGGAUCGCUUUGGAACCAUGCAGCAGGUCCUAAAACGGUGUUUUUCUGGGCUCCAGCCUUCAAAUGGGGUCUCGUGAUUGCUGGCUUGAGUGACUUGCGUCGACCAGCUGACCAACUUUCCGUCAACACAUCAGCUUCAUUGCUCGCAACUGGCGUCAUUUGGUCCCGUUACAGCUUAGUAAUUAUUCCAAAGAAUUACGCACUCUUUUCGGUGAAUGUCUUUGUGGCGGCCGUGCAAGCGGUGCAACUGUACCGCGCCUUUGAUUACUCGCGAAAAAACCCCAAACCCGCUGAAACGAAACCGUGAUAAGUUUGAAUUCGACAAAGUUGAACUUUAUAAAACUUAGAAUAGACUACGAAUAUUGUUAAUAUUUAGGAGAAACAGAAAAUUACCAAUUGUUACUUAUUUUUAUUAUCAUUUAAAAAAAAACGCUUUUCUACACAUAAAAAAAUGCUCACCGCGCGCAAAAAAAAAAUGAUGUGAAAAAGAAAAGUUUUUGUCAGUGAUUAGUUCAAAGAACUAAGAUUAAAGUUGUGAAAAUGUGACGUACUUAAAAAAGAGACGACCCAGUAACGCACAUAUCACAAUUUUUAUUUUUUUAAUAAUUUAAUCGAAGUUGACCUGAAAACACCAGUCAAUUCCUAUUUUUUUUUUUUGCUUUAUCAGCACGGGUAAAAAACUAUUAUAAUUUAAAAAAAAAAUAAUUUUUCCUUUUGGUUGUUAAUAAAUUUCUGUCCUAGACAGAUUUAAAAAAAAAUAAUUUAUUUUUAUUUUUUAAUAAAAUAAUGAGGAUAAUAAAAUGAAAGUUGUAUCAUAUAAAUAAUAAUAGAAUGUAACGAAAUAAAUAAUAAAACGAACAAAAAAGAAAAUAAA